UGCAGCCAAUCAGUGCCACCUAUCAGUGCCAGUCAGUUCCGCCUAACAGUGCCAUCAGUGCCGCCUAUCAGUGCCAGUCAGUGUGCCUAUCAGUGCCACCUAUCAGUGCUGCCUAUCAGUGCCAUAUGUGAGUGCUGCCUAUCAGUGCCACCUACUAGUGCCUCCUCAUCAGUGCCCAUCAGUACCACCUAUCAGUGCCCAUCAGUGCCCAUCAGUGCAGCCUCAUUAGCGCACAUCAGUGAAGGAGAAAAAUCACUUAUUUACAAAAUUUUAUAA